AUGCAAACGAUGUUUUCGUUCUUCGGAUCCCAAUCCGGGACUUCGAAUACGACGCCGCGACUCGAUCCUUCGACGUUGAGCCCCGCACCCACAUAUCUGCAUCUGCAAUCGCCCCUUCAGCUCAGGUCAGUCCCGUCGAUUCAAGUUCGCCGUCUGUCGUCCCUUGUUCCGUGUCCCAUUGCUGAUUUCUCGGCUCUCGGUUUAGUAGACUGGAUCCGCGACAAUGUGCCUUAG